CUCGAUUGGACUCGAACCAUCUCCACAGACGGAAGUCUUGGAACCCGCUACACCUACGUGGCGGCUCGAAACGCUCUCAUUAUGGUCAUAGGUGAAUCCUCAACAUCUUGGUUGCAAGCCCAUCCCGGAGGUGCUCUAGCUAUCCUCCACUUUGUUGGGAGAGAUGCUUCCGAUGAAAUAGAUGCUUUUCACGCUGAACAAACACUCGAUAAUAGAGUAAAGAAGUAUAUUAUUGGCAAAGCGCAGUUGUCGAAAGACGGACUCUGGGAGCCCCUCACCCCACCCGUCGCUGUCGGUUGGGUCAGAAAGAAUGAUGGAAAGGGAAAGGGAGAGAAGUGGGUUCAAGAAGCAAGCCCAAGGACGAAAGCGGACGACGAAACCCUCUUGACCUCUGAAAUCCUCCUCGUUGAGAAUACUGGCUCAAAUUCAAAAGAAAAGACAUCAAAGAAAGAUGUUGAACCUACGAUAGACAUCUUGAACCCGCCUCCGGCGACCUUGUCAUUGGAAGAGCAAACCAGGCACUCGGUCGCAUACCAAGAGCUCCAUAAACGAGUCACAGAGGCAGGACUAUACGAUACACCAUACCUAACGGGCGCUCUUUUCCUAGGACUGGUGUGGCAUCAGCUCACCUUUACUGCGCAUGAUCUAGGCCAUAUGGGUGUGACCCAUAACUGGGUCCUAGACCGGCUGUUGGGAACUUUUAUUGCCGACUUCCUGGGCGGGUUAAGUAUUGGGUGGUGG